UCGCCUCAUAAAGACUCCCGGCAGACCACUCCUGUCUCUGAGUGAGUCUUCAGAAGACAUUUUAUGCAUUGUAAGGAGUCGUGAUGACACCGGAGGACCUCUUGAACACCCUGGAUGAUCUGGGAGAGGAUGAUUUCAUUAAAUUCAAGUGGUUCCUGCAGCAGGCCGACAGCCUUCACGGUCGCCCAACCAUCAAGAAGAGCCAACUGGAGAUGGCAAACAGGUGGGACACUGUGGAUCUGAUGGUGCAGACCUACAGACUUCCUGGAGCUGUGGAGGUGACCAGGAAGGUUCUGGAGAGGAUCAACAGGAACGACCUGCUGCAGAGUUUGUCUGCUAGCAGCUCACAAGCAGGAGUGGAUCACAGAGAUGUUGGGAAGAUUUUACACAAUGAACGACCAUCUUCCUCUCUGACUCAGGCUCCUCUUCAUCAGAGUGAAGGUGUGAUGGUUCCAGUUCCUGAGCCACAACCGAUCACAUAUUACCAACAGAUGCUUCAAUCAAACUUCCAGGACACGUUCAUGUGUGUACAAGAAGGCUGGGCAGAAGAUCAACCACGUCUGGUUGAUAUCUACACCGAGCUGUACAUCACAGCUGGGUGUGACGUACACAUCAACACACAGCAUGAGGUCCGGCAGAUUGAGACCGGGAGGAAGCCAGCAGACACGAAGACACCAGUGAAGCACAGUGACAUGUUCAAACAUCCUUCUGGAGAGUACAGACCCAUAAAAACAGUGCUGACUAAUGGAAUUGCAGGAAUUGGAAAAACAUUCCUCGUCCAAAAGUUUGUGUUGGACUGGGCUGAACAAAGGUCCAACCAAGAUGUACAUCUUCUUUUUCCCUUUACCUUCAGACAGCUGAAUCCACUGAAAGGAGAAAAGUUGAGUUUGGCAGAGCUCAUUCAUGAAUGCAUCCCAGAAACUUUAGACAUCACAGGUGAGGCUCUUAACUCCAUCUUUACAACUCUGCAGUCAUCAGGAAACAGCAACUAUGACAAGAGCAAAUUCAAGCUUCUGUUUGUGUUUGACGGACUGGAUGAGAGCCGCCUUCAUCUGGACCUUCAUGCUGACCGCAUUGGCUCUGUUGAUGUAACAAAAUCAACUACAGCCCAUGUCCUACUGAGGAAUCUUAUCAGUGGAAAGCUGCUACGCUCAGCUCGCAUCUGGAUAACUACACGACCUGCAGCAGCCAAUCAGAUCCCUCGACAGUUUAUCAGCUGUACCACUGAAGUCAGGGGCUUUACUGACCCUCAGAAGGAGGAGUACUUCAGGAAGAGGUUCAGAGAUGAAGAGCAGGCCAACAGAAUCAUCUCCCACAUCAAGAGAUCACGAAGCCUCCACAUCAUGUGCCACAUCCCAGUCUUCUGCUGGAUCACUGCUACAGUUCUGGAGGAUGUGCUGGAAACCAGAGAGGGAGGAGAGCUUCCCAAGACCCUGACUGAGAUGUACACAGAGUUCCUGCUGUUUCAGAUGGAUCGGACAAGAGACAAGUACGGUCCAGAGAGGUGCAUCCAGUACAUUAAGUCAUUAGCUAAACUGGCUUUUCAUCAGCUGGAGACGGGCAACCUGAUCUUCUACGGGAAAGACCUGAGAGAGAGUGGCGUUGAUUUCAGAGAAGCCUCAGUGUGCUCAGGAGUGUUCACAGAGAUCUUCAGAGAAGAGCGUGGAAGAAAUGAGAGAGACAAGAUGUUCAGCUUUGUCCAUCUGAGUGUUCAGGAGUUUCUGGCUGCUGUUUAUGUGAGGAUGUCACUUAUUAACAACAACAAAAGCAAGAUGUCUUUCCCACAACGGUCACUGAAAAACCUUCAUGUACUUUUAAUUAAAACUUCUUCAAAGAAGAUCCACAGGAUUUACAUCGACAAGGCCUUACAGAGUCCCAGUGGCCACCUGGACUUGUUCGUCCGGUUUCUCUUGGGUCUUUCUAUGCAGACCAAUCAGGAUAAACUAAAAGACCUGCUAAUAAAGUCAGACUUUAGCUCAGGGACCAAUCAGAAAACAGUUGAGUACAUCAAGGAGAAGCUCAGUGAGAAUCUGUCUGCAGAGAGAAGCAUCAAUCUGUUCCACUGUCUGAAUGAACUGAACGAUGGUUCUCUAGUGGAGGAGAUCCAACAGUCCCUGAGAUCAGGACGUCUGUCCCCAGAUGUUCUGUCUCCUGCUCAGUGGUCGGCUCUGGUUUUCAUCUUACUGUCAUCAGAGGAAGAUCUGGAGGUGUUUGAGCUGAAGAAAUACUUAGCUUCAGAGGAGGCCCUUCUGAGGCUGCUGCCAGUGGUCAAAGCCUCCAACAAAGCUCUGCUGAGUAGCUGUAAUCUCUCAGAGAGAAGCUGUGAAGCUCUGUCCUCAGUUCUCAGCUCCCAGUCCUCCAGUCUGAGAGACCUGGACCUGAGUAACAACGACCUGCAGGACUCAGGAGUGAAGCAGCUGUCUGAUGGACUGCAAAGUCCUCACUGUAGACUGGAGACCCUCAGGCUGAGCAGCUGUAACCUGUCAGAGAGAAGCUGGGAAGCUCUUUCCUCGGUUCUCAGCUCCAGUCUGACAGAACUGGACCUGAGAAACAACAACCUGGAAGAUUCGGGAGUAAAGCUGCUUUCUGUUGCACUGAAAAGCCCUCAAAGUGUCCUGGAAACCCUCAGGCUGAAUCAAACAGGUCUGACAAAUAACUGCUGUCAGGAAUUCUCAUCGGUUCUGAGCUCCCAGUUUCCUAAUCUGAGAGAGCUGGACCUGAGUAACAACGACCUGCAGGAUUCAGGAGUGAAGCAGCUCUCUUGUGGACUAGAGAGUAAACAUUGUACUCUGGAAACUCUCAGGUUGUCGGGCUGCAUGGUCUCAGAGGAAGGAUGUGCUUCUCUGGAGUCAGCUCUGAGGUCCAAUCCUUCCCACCUGAGAGAGCUGGACCUGAGCUACAACCAUCCAGGAGACUCAGGAAUGAAGCUGCUGUCCGCUGUCCUGGAGGAUCCGCAAUGCAGACUCAGCAUCCUCAAGUUUGAACAUGGUGGAAAGCAGAGGCUGAAACCUGGUCUGAAGAAAUAUUUCUGCCAACUCACUCUGGACACAAACACAGCUCAGAAAAGGCUGAAACUGUCUGAGGACAACAGGAAGGUAACCAUUUUCAGAGAGCAGCAGCCAUAUCCUGAUCAUCCUGAGAGAUUUCACUUCAGUCAGCUGCUGUGCACAGAGGGCCUGACUGGCCGCUGUUACUGGGAGGUGGAGUGGGGAGGAGUGGUUCAUAUAGCUGUGAGUUACAGAGGGAUCAGACGGAAAGGAAACAGAGAUGAAUGCCUGUUUGGAAGGAACGAUCAGUCUUGGUGCCUGAGCUGCUCUGAUGCUGGUUACUCUGUUGGGCAUCAUAAAAAAGAAGCAGUUCUCCUCUCCUCCUCCUCGGUCUCUAAAAGAAUAGCAGUGUAUGUGGACUCUCUUGCUGGUACUUUGUCCUUCUACAGCAUCUUCUCCGACUCCCAGAUCCACCUCCACACCUUCUACGCCACAAUUAUCCAACCUCUUUACGCUGGAUUUGGGUUCUGGUAUGGUGGCUCUGGAUCCUCAGUCACCUUAUGUUCCCUGCAGGAAGAAGAGCAUCAUCCUGAGUAGAGACACGUGGACACACAUUUACAUUAGAUAUUUACAUUAAACCAUUACUUAUGCACAAGCAAAUAAUGGAAAUGUUUUUAUAUGUCCAGUUAAAAAACUAAAUGUUGUUGCCUCCUGUAAAUAGCUUUUACAUUCCAAUUUCACUUCAAUCUUUGUCAUUCUGGUAAAUGUUCAGUCAUUGGACAACAAUCUGAAUGAACUUCGGAGCAGGAUGGAGUUUCAACGGGAGAUUAACACCUGUAACGUUUUUGCGGAAACUUGGCUCGACCCCUCGAUCCCGGACUACGCCAUUCAUCCAGAGGGACUCUCCAUUUAUCGACUGGACCGGACCAAACAUUCAGGAAAGAACGAGGGAUGUGGUGUCUGUUUGAUGCUGAACAACAAGUGGUGCUCAGAUGUGGAAUUAUUUCUACGGGCUGUACUCCGGGCCUGGAGAACCUCAUGAUGCCGGCCUUAUUCUCUUCUGCGUGAGUUCACAUCGGUUGUCAUGACAGCAGUGUAUGUUCCACCACAUGCUGAAACCUGUCAUAACUCAGGUGAUUGGACUCAAUAAAACUCAGAAUCCCAGGGAUAGGUAUAAGAUCUUUACUGUACACAGCAAAUAUUAUGAAUGUGCAAUCCGGUCUCUUUCCGAUCAGAUGUCUGUGGACACACGAGACAGGGGUUAGGAAGCAGGUAGAGGAAGAUGGUAAUGAGUGGGUGUAAAGAUUCACGUACCAGCAGAGGUAAUUCCAUCAUGUGACUGAGUGAGGUAUCCGGAGACUGGGGAGAGGCAGCCGGGAGGGAGACCGCUGGGGUGUGGGAGAAAACUGCUGAACAAAGAAGAUGUCAGUGGAGGAGGAGCAGUGGGGUAUCCGUGGGUUCCCGAUGGGGAAGAAAGGUUUAGUCCAUGAUCCGAUUUCCAAUCCUGUUAACAAAUCCAGAGGUCAAAGAGCCAGGUAAUCCAAACACAACCAAAGCAGAGUAUCAGACAGAGACGGAAUCCAGGUCCAAAACACAAGGUCGACGGCAGGCAUCAGCCAUAAUGAUAAAUGGGAGGAGAUGAUGCAUUCAGGGCAGCUGGAAAAUCUGAGCAUCAUACCACGGAGCAUGACA